AUGGGUAGUGUCGAGUUGGCCAACUCAAAAUUGCCACUAAUCGCGGGAAAUCUCGAACAAGGGGCUAACGCGAGAUGGCAUCAAAUCAAACUACGAAAACACAUUAACAGAAUCCAAGAGGAGGGGGUGAGGAUUCGAGCCAUUUCACCGGUAAUUUGCGGAUAUGAUGCUAUGCAAUCUACUUCGUACAGAGUCGAGGGACGUCAUCUGGGUUGGCCGGAUCGUUCUGAGCUGUGGAGAAAGGAGGAGAUGUUGGACGAUGUUGCUGCUAUAAUGCACAUGGUAAAUUUUCUCAUUAAGCAAAAAGCGCUAUCUCCACGAUAG